UCGGUUUUUCUGUGCUUCAUUUCUUGAAAAACGCUACAACUAAUAAUUUGAUCAGUGUCGUUUCCAAGAGAAAGCAAUUCUGACCAGUUACGAGUGCUUCAGGCCUCGUGUUGAAAAGAUAAACAGCUAAAAAAAACUGUGAAAUAUUUUUUAUAUUUUCGUAGGGGCUGAUUUGGCUGAUGCUACGAAUAUUCGAGUUCUGUUUUGGGACUUUCUGAGCACCUAAUUAACCGAAAAGGUGGUUGAGUAAAUUGUCUACGAAACAAAAAUUUUACUGGUGAAAAAUAAAAUAUAUGUAUAAAUAAGGCUGGAACAAAAUAAUGUGGCAAGAUUGUUGCGCUAUACUACUCAGCAUCUUCAAUAUGGCAGCUGUUACUGUCCUUGGGCAGUGUUUUUGACGUUGAUGAUGAACGUGUAUUUUAUCAGAUAAGGAUUGAAUAAGGUUUUUGUUUCGUGUACAAACAUGUAGUGAGCUAAAUAUUCAGUGACAAAUGACAACAGACACCAAACACCCUCACCUCAAUUACUUACACCUCUGACAUAUGACAGAAGAGAGGGAUACACUCGUCACGUAUCCACGGUUCCACGGUCAACGUUAUCAAAGUUCUCGGACCAGCUAGCAAAAAAACUUGGUCGCGCCCAAGGCUACUCAUCACGCAAAGAAAAAUGCCGUUCAAAUUUCAUCUAAAAAAAAGUCGACAGUACAAUGUUAUAUCUAAGAAUCAGUAUGUAAUUUGUGUCGAGCUUUUGGACACAGGAUCAAUAGAAUGUACCUUGGAUGUACAAAGCCUGGGCCACGAAUGUCUGACCAAUGUAGCGCAGAGGCUAGGUCUUGGACAGCCAGAAUUCUUCGGACUGAGCUAUAUCUCUCAUCAUGGAUCGCCAGCAACGCGCUGGGUCCAGAUGGACAAACCUCUUAAACGGCAACUUGAAAAGGAAGCUAGAAGCUUUAAUUUGCGACUUAGAGUUAUGUAUUUUAUUACCGAUGUCCAGCUCAUACAGGAUGAAAUAACGAGGUAUCACUAUUAUCUACAACUGAAAAUGGAUGUUAUCGAUGGUAGAAUUCACUGUAACUCUAGAGAGGCAAGCACCUUGGCAAGCUAUUCGAUGCAGGCAGAAUUUGGCAAUUACGACCCUCAACGACACACCGCAGAGUAUCUUCAGCAGUGCAUACUAUUUUCAAAAAACGUUAUACAAGCUGAUUCUAGCGGGCAAGACUCAUUACUUUCAGCAGCCAUUGUUCGAUACAAGAACCUUUCUGGUCUUACACAAGCUGCCGCAGAAGAACUUUAUGUGUCUAUUGCUGUACAUCUGGAGGGCUAUGGCCGAGAAACAUUUGCUGCUAAGGAUGAUGCAAAUAACGAAAUCUUUCUUGGAAUUUCAAUGAACGGAAUCAUCAUUGGGUACUCUAACGUGCAGCUGACAUCAUUUUACAGUUCUACCUAUAUAAUAUGUUACAGAUGGAAAGAUAUUAGCAAUGUAAUCAAUCAUAAAAAAACAUUCAAAAUCGAAUGUCAAGCUGAAAAUGAAGAACCCAAGCAGUUUCAUUUUAGUGAUGCGCGAACAGCGAAGUAUGUUUGGCGAUUAUGUAUAUCUCAGCAUACAUUCUACAUGCAACACCAAGAGUCUAAUCUCGUCAAUAAAAUGAGUAAUAGUCAUCUAGAUCCUGAUAAUAUUGAUGUAAGAGAUGAAAUAAGAGACGUAAAUAUCGAUAAUGAAGCCAAAGCUACAAGUCAGGCACAUUUCAAUAGCUGCAAUGAUAUAUCCUCGUCGCCAUUCCCUGUCGCUGCAUCAUCUAUCAAUUUGGAUACACUUCGUGCCUUACUUCCAUCUUAUAGACCGGCACCUGAUUAUGAUACUGCCGUGCAAAGAAAAUACAAUACUGCCCCAAAUGGUUCACAUCACUAUUACGCGAACCAAUCGAAUGUACAUUCGCCCUCACUUGCGCACGAAGUUUGUAUGUCAACAAUUAUCAGCCCUGAAUUAUCGUCUCUACUCGGUAAUGCAGUGAACAGAAGUAGAUAUUGAUUAAUGUAAACAUACAUUACGGGUAUUUAAAAGAAAAAUGUUGAAUCAUACAUAUAGUUUGUAUCAAGUGCCUCUUACUUCGGAUAGUUUUGCAAUCUAUGUAAUAAAUCUUAACACGUCGUAACGCAUCAAAGCGCAGUUUUUUUUAUUUUUUAUUUUUUUAUCACUAAUCCACGUCAUUAGAACGCAUACUGUAAAUUAUUCGCAUUUUCAUCAUAAUUUUAAAGAUACGAUGAAACUGCUGUACGUUUUAUCAUAUUUAUUUAUCAAGAAUAAAUGCCUGAUUCAGGAAACUUAAUAUCGUUUUUUUUUAUUUAUUACAAUUGCAACGACAAUCAAAUUCGACUGUUUCGUAUAGAAAAAAUAAUGAAAACGCUUUAUUCCAAUUAAAAAAUACAUAAAUAACCAUAAGAAUCCGACAACAGUUACCCUUCUCUUUCACAAACAAAAUAGAACCACUAGAUACUACAAAACUUCCAUGAGAUCUUGGCGCGCAGCAUAGUAAACAGUUGAAAACUUCCUAUACAAACACUUACUUCUCUCUACCAAAAUUAUACUGUCGAUCUUGAAUACUGUUCGCACUAUUUAUUAGAUGAAAGCAAUAUAUGCAUAUGAAAAUAACCGACCAAUUUUUGUAAAUAAAGAAAAUAGAUUUGUAAACAGCUAGCAAUAUCGGAAAUUAAUUAAAAGAUUUGUUUAUGCAAAAACCAUACACAAUAGAGGAAAUUCUUCUAGUCUGUGACGUGCUAAGUUCACUUGGUGAGUGUUGCUGGGUCC